AUGUCGGAUAACAAUCCCUCCACCCGUACCUCAUACCUCAACGAAGCCGCGGCGGCCAUCCAUUCUGGCGUUGCAUCCGUCACUGGAAGUUCAGAAGAUAAGACCAAGGCGGAGCAAGCAAAGAAGAAAUCCGAGGACCAACGCGCUACCUCACAAUCUGCCGCCAAGAUUGGCCCUUACUCUGUAGGUCCCGAAGGAGGCGUGGCCAAAGACAGCCCCGAGCGCACGCAGGGCCGGUAUGACCAGACGGUUGGCAGCGUAAACGAGGCCACGGGAAGGUUGAUUGGGAACGACCGCCUAGUGCAAAGUGGACGCCAGCGGAGUCGACAUGGCGAGGAGCAGGAGGCGAAAGGCCAGUUGAGUGACUUGGGCCGCGGCGUUAGUGAGCGGGUGCAGGGCGCUGUUGGCGGUGUCACUGCUGCUCUGACGGGAGAUCGAGCUGAGCAACAGAGACACGCGGACAUACAUGAUGAGGGUAAAGCGAGACAGCGCGGUGUCGAAACUGAGUUGGACAGGAAAGCCGGAAUUUAA